AUGGCACCUACGGAAACCGAGCAUGUCCUCAACGAUGACGAGGAAGCAUGGCUAGAAAACAGACGUCAGGCAAGUGUCUCGGGAUGUCCAAAACCGCGACGAACGCACCAAUCGACACCAAAAGAGGAGUCGCACAACCUCGGAGGCCAGCGUGAAGGACGAGGACUAGGCAGAAGCAGGAGAACGCAGCGGGAGGAGACAACGACAACAAGCACCGCUGCGCGGCUGAAGUUCCUCAUCGCCAGCGUGACGCUCGUCCUGUGA